CUGACAUUUGAUCUAACAUUUACAUGUAUGUGCAGUCCUGUCCAGAUUAAUAAACAUCUUGCAAGAGUUGUUGAGCGUCGGUGUCAAGAGUGUCAGUUCAGGUCAAGAUAACAGCAUGGCAAUUGGUCUUGUUCAAAAUGACAAUCAGUUCACAUCUGUUUCAUUGUCUGUCGGGAGCAGCGGCAUGGCAUUGCAUUUUGCUGGAUAAUUGCUCAACCUCAUCCUUUCCCCCCCAAACAACCCCACAUUCCAUCUUAACCUGGCGACGACAUACGGCUCCAAGAUUGGGCUACAAACCAGAACACCAAACGAAGAGUUCGUCCUGCCAGCGUUCCCGCCGGAGCAAAACCCAGCCCUGGACGGACCGGGGGACAGACCGAGGUUUCCGUUUGGUAUGCCAGCGCCGGGAAUGCCUGUACCGAUGGACGGACGCGACCAUGGUUACGUGCCGAGGCACACGCCAUUCAUCAGUCAGCCCGACUACAGAAUAUAUGAUCUCAACAAAAGGUUACAACAGAGAACAGAGGAAAGUGAUAAUCUCUGGUGGGAUGCCUUUGCCACAGAAUUUUUUGAAGAUGAUGCAACACUCACCCUGUGCUUCUGCCUUGAAGAUGGUCCAAAGAGAUAUACUAUUGGACGAACACUUAUUCCGCGUUAUUUCAGAACGGUGUUUGAAGGCGGUGUGACAGAUCUCUACUAUUUACUUAAGCAUCCCAAGGAGUCAUUCCACAAUACGACGAUCACGUUAGACUGCGAACAGACGACGAUGGUCACGCAUCACGGCAAACCAAUGUUCACAAAGGUUUGUACAGAAGGCCGUCUGGUGGUGGAGUUCACAUUUGACGAUCUGAUGCGGAUCAGGUCAUGGUACUUCGACAUUCGGCAGCAUAGAGAACUCAUUCCAAGAAGCGUCAUAAAUAUUCAGUACCAUUCACAGGACCCUACGAUGCUGGAACAGCUUUCUAAGAACAUCACCCGACAGGGUCUAACUAGCUGUACUCUCAACUACCUCAGGCUGUGUGUGAUCCUGGAGCCGAUGCAGGAGCUGAUGUCACGACACAAGGUGUACAGCCUCAGCCCUCGUGAUUGCCUCAAGGCCACCUUGUUCCAGAAAUGGCAACGUAUAGUCACACCUCCCGAUACCAACAGACCGCAGCAGAAACGGCGUAAGAGGAAAUCAUCGACGACACUCUCGACAACGGGGGGCAACAACCUGGGUAUGAACAAUAUCGGUGGCGGAAACAGUAAGAAAAAAUCACCGGGCAGCUUCAGUUCAGACGGAAUGCCAACGAGAAAUGGUCCAGGUGGGAGAAGUAAGAAACGGAGCCGGUCCGGUACACCUCAGCCGGUACCCAUCCCUCCCUGGAUACAUGAUUCUAUUUCAGAGUAUGAUACUAGCGGCCAUCUAAACAUACAGGAUGUGAUGGUGGUUGGAGAGCCAUCGCUUAUGGGCGGUGAGUUUGGCGACGAGGACGAGCGGCUGAUCACGAGGCUGGAGAACCAGCAGGCCGAUGCCAACAACGGCAUGGACAAUGAUGAGGACUUCGCAGGAGGCGAAUCGGGGGGCACGGGUCCGGGUCCCGGCGGCCCCAAGUCCACCAAUUCAUCAUCGGGCCCCGGCGGCCAAGGGUCUUGGAAUUCAACCGACACUAAGCCCCCUCCUGGAACCAAUCCUCCACAAGAUGAGAAACAGGUAGCAGCAUCACAGAACUGAACUGAACUCAAAGGAUGCUGCCCCCAGCAUUGCUCCACAGGAAUACUGACAAAAGCAGUGCUCUUGCUCUUUGCUAUGGGACUGUUUUUUUGUGUGACGACAUACUGGAAUGACUAUAUCUUUUCCAGUGGACUUAUCUUCCCCAUUUUUUAUUUAUUUUUUUUUAUUUAUAUCCAUUUUUGGGGAACAAUUUUUGAUGGCCAAUUUUUUCUUUUUUACUCCAUUUUGUUGUAUAUACAUGACUAUGUUUACAGCAGUGGUAUUAUAUGUUUUUUGUGCUAGUAUUAUUAUUAUUCAAAAGAUUAAAUUAUUGAUAUGUUGACCCACCUUUAUUGAGUAAGUGGAACGAGUCUUACAAAAUAUUCCACUUUGACGGAGCAGCACCUGUGAAUCUCGAGGUAUUCAGAAGUACUAAAAUGAUGAAGCCUUUGUUGAAUAUUGACUAUCAGGACAGACAGGUAUACAUAUAUUAUUCACAGUAGUUACAAC